CUUACGUCAUACUUCCUGCCUAGCUCCUUCUUUUAACGCUACCAAAACAAUGGCGUCCUGUAGUGAAACGUCUGCUACAGCCACGGAAGAGGAAACGACGGAAACUCUGCCUUCCCAGAAGAGAGAAGAGAGACUCAGAAAGUUCAGAGAGUUGCAUUUCAAACGGAAUGAAGCACGUAAACUGAACCACCAGGAAGUCGUGGAAGAGGACAAGAGACUGAAACUCCCCUCUAACUGGGAGGCUAAAAAAGCCCGACUGGAGUGGGAGCUUUCUGUGGAUGAAAAGAAAAAGGAAUGUGCUGCCAGGGGGGAGGACUAUGACAGAGUGAAGCUGCUGGAAAUCACAGCUGACGAUGCAGAGCGGUGGGAGAGGAAGAAGAAGAAGAAAAACCCAGAUACUGGAUUUGCAGGAUAUGCAGAAGCUCAGUUUCGGCAGUAUCAGAGGCUCACCAAGCAAAUCAGACCAGACUAUGAAAGCUAUGAGAAGCAGAGGGAGGACUGUGGUGAAGACUUCCACCCCACGUCCAAUAGCCUAAUUCAUGGCACCCAUGUUCCCACAAAGGAGGGCAUUGACAGGAUGGUGGAGGAUGUGGAGAAACAGAUUGAGAAGCGAGCCAAGUACAGUCGACGCAGAGCCUACAACGACGAUGCAGACAUUGACUACAUCAACGAGAGAAAUGCCAAGUUCAACAAGAAGGCAGAGCGUUUCUAUGGCAAAUACACUGCAGAAAUCAAACAAAAUCUGGAGAGAGGCACAGCUGUCUAAUGGCUCAAAUCACCUAAGUGGAUGUGUUGCUUUUGUUUCUUCUUCAUCCAAGAGUUCUGGGUGCAUCCUCUUUUUUUUUUCUGUACUUAAUGCAAAAAAGACCAUGACUUUAAAUGCAAAAAGUGAUUAUUUAGGUAACAAUUUUAUAUAAUGCUGAGGUUAUUGUGAGCAAACAAUUUUAUUGUUUUAAGAAAUGUAUUGUGUGGUCUUCUAUAUUGUAAAGUAUUAGAAUUUAAAACAGUCCUUUUGUGAUUGUUUUCCAUUUCUUGUUAAAUAAACCAGUCCAAACAUCCA